AUGGCUGUCCAAAUUAUUGAUGGACUCCAAACCACAUGCCAUGACAAGCACAAGCCUUUGUGUUAUGGUGGCAUUAGCUUGCCUGCUGAUACACAUUUGAUCGUCAAGCUCCCUGAUUCUAGGAUUUUUAAGCUUCGGUCUCAGUUCAUGGUGAUCUUGGCCUUGACCAUUGUUUUAAUUCCUUUGUUACGAAUAGGAUCAAUUAUUAGCAAGGAAUCUGCAAGCCCUGCUGCUGAUGCAAUCAAGCCUGAAGUUGGCUCUACUGAUCCCGUCAAUCUGGAAUUCUUGCCAUUAAUCUUUCGUGAUUUGAGCAAGCAAGGCAUUCUGAAAAUGGGAAACAAAGGACUAAUGCUAAGCAAUGAUGAUGAAGAGGCCAUUCAUUGUUCUCUGUUCUUGAGGAGAAGUGAUAUGGAAUUCAUUUCUCUCACGGAUUUGGAACGACAAAGCUCAAUCCCUAACGAGUCAUUUGACUUAACGUUCACGCAGAACUUCCGAGCAGCCUCAGAAUUCAUUGAUCGCACUCUCAAAGUCGGUGGCAUUGUUGCUGUUCAGCUGAGCGGAAGGUCCUCCCUUUCAUUCGACAAGCCAUCCAAUUACAGAAUUGUCUACCUCAGAAAAUCUCAGUCAAACAUUUUGAUAAUGAAAAAAAUCGAGUAUUCUAAGACAAUCUCCAGCACCCAAAGGCGGCUUUUGGG